AUGCGUAUAGAUCGUAUGCGUAUAGAAGCAAUGGCUUCUAGACAAGCGAGAUUUAUCCCCUCAAAUUCUACGGCGCUGAUGAUGAUGGGGGCGGUGAUGGUGGGUCUGGCGGCGGCUCAGGAGUCAGCCCCAUCGGCCACGCCCCAACUCAGGGUCUCCACGCAGGAGCAACCUGUGGUGGGGAUCCUGCGCAACCUCCAACACAGCCCUGACGCCGACGGUACUCACAGCUCAGACUUCGAGGCCGAGAAUGGCAUCAAGUUCCAGUUCUCCGGGUCGCAGGGGGCGGAGGGCGGCGCCAACAUGGUAGGGGUCUACAGUUACCCGCUGGAAGAUGGCUCCAUCGCCGAGGUCACCUUCGUGGCUGACGAGAACGGCUACCAGCCCCAGUCCGACCUGCUGCCCGUGGCCCCGGCCUUCCCCCACCCCAUCCCCCAGUUCGUCCUCGACCAGAUCGCCUUCGCCGAGGCCGAGAGGGAACGCCUGGCCCGCGAGGGCGUACGAAAUGAUUAA